AUGGCUGAAUACCAAGUGCUGCUUCUAAUGAAUAACUGUCCAGCACACACCACAGGCAUACUUGACAUUGCCAACACAGAGAUCAAGUUCUUGCCACCAAACACAACAUUGAAACUGCAACCACUUGAUGGCAGAAUCAUAAGAACACUGAAAAUCCAUUACCAUUGCCCACAAUUGCUAACUGUUGGAAAUAUUAUGGACUUGCUGGUUCACAAGCUAAAUGCUUAUCAACUGAUUGAUUAUAAUGGUAAACAGGAGAUCUGUGAAGUACAGAUGAAGAAAAAAUUUUUUGUAAGCCUAGGUUCUAAAAAUUUAGUUGCUAAUGACGAGGAGGGUAGAGAUGAUAUGGUUGAGCACCCAUAUUACAUAUCCAAGCAG